AUGUACUCCGGUGGUGCUACCGGAACCCAUACCCCUCGCUCCUCCCAAAACCUCCGUCCUCUCACCCUCAGCCAUGGCUCUCUCGAGUACAAUUUCCUCAUUCCUACAGCUCUGCACUUCCCGGCAUCCCAGCUGAAGGAGUCCUUCAACGCUUCUCUUCCCGAGCCCACAGACGAACUUGCACAGGAUGACGAGCCCUCAUCGAAUGCCGAGCUGGUGGCUCGCUACAUUGGCUUCGUGGCGGCCGAGGUGGACGACGAUGAUGAGGCGACCUCCUUUGCGGAGGUUCUGAAAGUGGCUCUGACCGAGUUCGAGCGCGCCUUCAUGCACGCUAAUGAUGUCCACGCUUUGGCCGCCGGUCUACCCGGCAUUACCGCGAAGAAAUUGAAGGUGGUUGAAUCUUACUACGCUGGAAGAGCCGCAGUGGCCAGACCCAUUAAGCCCCAUGACUCCGCCCUCAUGCGAGCUGCCGAUGAUGAAGAUGCCAGCAUCUACACUGUUUUCGGCGGUCAGGGUAACAUCGAAGAGUAUUUCGACGAGCUAAGAGAAGUUUACACCACAUAUCCUUCUUUCGUCUCGGAACUUGUAGAGUCCUCAGCGGCUCUUCUACAAUCUCUGGCUGCGGAUCCCAAGGCGGACAAGUUCUACGCAAAGGGGCUUGACAUCCUGCGCUGGCUCAGUGACAAGGAGACCCAGCCAGACACCGACUACCUGGUGUCUGCACCAGUCAGUCUACCCUUGAUCGGCCUGGUGCAGUUGGCUCAUUACCAAGUCACCUGCAAAGCUCUUGGCAAAACCCCAGGCGAGAUCAACGAGCGAUUCAGCGGCACCACAGGUCAUUCUCAGGGCAUUGUGACUGCGGCUGCUGUUGCGACCGCCACCUCCUGGGAGAGCUUCGCCAAGAUCGCCAAAGACGCCAUCACUAUGCUGUUCUGGAUCGGGAUGCGCAGCCAGCAGGCUUAUCCCCGCACCAGUCUUGCUCCCUCUCUGCUGCAGGACUCCGUUGAGGCCGGUGAAGGCACUCCGACUCCCAUGCUGUCCGUCCGCGACCUCUCGCGCAAGCAGCUCCAGGCUCACAUCGAUGCGACUAAUGAGCAUCUGCCUGAAGACCGCCACGUCUCGAUAUCUUUGAUCAACAGCUCUCGGAAUUUCGUCAUCACUGGUGCGCCCAUCUCCUUGCACGGUCUGAAUCUACGCCUGCGCAAGGUCAAGGCUCCUACCGGUCUUGAUCAAACCCGCACGCCUUUCACCGAGCGCAAACAACGCUUUGUCAACCGUUUCUUGCCGAUCACGGCACCGUUCCACAGUCCACUCCUGACCGAGGCCCACAAGCAGAUCCAGGAUGAUCUCAGCAGCAUCAAAAUUCCUGCAUCCAGACUGACCAUUCCCGUCUACGACACCAAUUCUGGCGAAGACCUCCGUGCCCAGCAGGCCAAGGACAUCGUGCCGGACCUGGUCCGCAUGAUCUGUCAAGAUCCUGUCCACUGGGAGCAAGCAACUGUCUUCGAUGGAGCAACACACAUCCUUGACUUUGGCCCUGGCGGCAUCUCUGGUCUUGGUGUCCUUACCAAGCGCAACAAAGAUGGCACCGGCGUCCACGUCAUCCUUGCAGGUACUAUGGACGGCACCAAUACCGAGGUCGGUUACAAGCCGGAACUGUUCGACCGUGAUGAAGAGCACGCCGUCAAGUACGCGGUCGACUGGUUGAAAGCUCAUGGGCCCAAAUUGGCAAAGACCUCAGCCGGGCAGACAUUUGUCGAUACUAAGAUGUCUCGCCUCUUGGGUACCGCUCCACUAAUGGUUGCCGGUAUGACGCCCUGUACUGUCCCCUGGGACUUUGUUGCAGCGACUAUGAAUGCCGGCUAUCAGAUCGAACUUGCUGGUGGUGGUUACUACAACGCAAAGAGCAUGACGGAGGCUUUGAACAAGAUUGAGCGAGCUAUUCCUCCUGGACGCGGUAUCACGGUCAAUCUUAUCUACGUUAAUCCCCGCGCAAUGGGCUGGCAAAUUCCCCUUCUUGCUCAGCUCCGCGCUGAUGGUGUGCCCAUUGAGGGCCUUACUAUUGGUGCCGGUGUACCCUCUAUUGAGGUUGCCCAGGAAUACAUCGAUACCCUUGGUAUCAAGCAUAUCAGCUUCAAGCCCGGCUCAAUGGACGCUAUCCAACAGGUCAUUAACAUCGCGAAGGCUAAUCCUACCUUCCCUGUUGUGCUUCAGUGGACUGGAGGUCGCGGUGGUGGUCAUCACUCAUUUGAAGACUUCCACCAGCCCAUCAUUCAGAUGUACGGUCGUAUCCGUAAGUGUGAAAACAUCAUUUUGGUCGCUGGCAGCGGUUUCGGUGGAUCAGAAGACACAUAUCCCUAUCUGACCGGUAAAUGGGCGUCAAACUUCGGCUAUGCUCCCAUGCCUUUUGAUGGCUGUCUCUUCGGCAGCAGGAUGAUGACUGCAAAGGAGGCACACACCUCACCGAACGCCAAGAAGGCUAUUGUCGAUGCUCCAGGCGUGGACGACAGCCAGUGGGAGAAGAGUUACAAAGGCCCAGUCGGUGGUGUCAUCACUGUCCGCUCGGAAAUGGGCGAGCCGAUCCACAAACUUGCCACCCGUGGAGUCAUGCUCUGGGCCGAGAUGGAUCAGAAGAUCUUUAGCCUUGAUAAAAAGAAGCGUGUGGCCGAGCUCAAGAAGCAACGCGAGUACAUCAUCAAGAAGCUUAACGAUGACUUCCAGAAAGUUUGGUUUGGCCGCAACACUGCUGGCGAGACUGUUGAUCUUGAGGACAUGACCUAUGCCGAGGUUGUUCGCCGUAUGGUUGAUCUGAUGUAUAUCAAGCACCAGUCGCGCUGGAUCGAAGUCUCGCUCCGCAAUCUUACCGUGGACUUCAUCCGCCGUGUUGAGGAUCGUUUCACAACCGAGUCCAACAAGCCAUCUCUGAUCCAGAGCUACGCAGACUUCGAAAAUCCUUUUGCGGUUGUCGAGAAGGUGUUGGCGGCCUACCCCGAAGCCAGCAACCAGCUCAUCAACGCCCAGGACGUUCAGCACUUCCUCCUCCUCUGCCAGCGCCGCGGUCAGAAGCCCGUUCCUUUCGUCCCGUCCCUGGAUGAGAACUUUGAGUUCUGGUUCAAGAAGGAUUCUCUGUGGCAGUCUGAAGACCUUGAAGCUGUUGUUGACCAGGAUGUUGGCCGUACUUGCAUCCUCCAGGGCCCAAUGGCCGCCAAAUUCUCGACAAAAGUCGACGAGCCCAUCAAAGAGAUCCUCGACCACAUCCAUCAAAACCACAUUGCCGCUUUGAUCAAAGACGUGUACGGCGGCUCAGAAGCAAAUGUGCCGGUUGUCGAAUACUUUGGCGGCAAGGUCCUCACUCCCUCCGAGAGUGUCACAGAGCUCGAGGGCGUGCAGGUCAUUCAUGAUGGCUCGCGCAGCUCGUACAAGUUGCCAGUAUCCGCGCAGCAUGCGUUGCCAGACGCGGAUGCAUGGCUUCAGGAACUAGCCGGACGUACCUACUCUUGGCGUCACGCUAUGUUUACCACCGAUGUCUACGUCCAGGGUGCUCGCUAUCAGAACAACCCACUGAAACGUAUUCUUGCACCCACUCGCGGCAUGCAGGUCGAGAUUGCUCAUCCCAAGGAUGCUACCAAAACCACCAUCGUUGUGAAGGAGACCAAUGCUUCCGGCAAGCUGAUCAAGACAUUGGACAUCAGCCUAGUUGGCAAGAACGAAAUCCUCAUGAACAUGUGGGAAGAUCGAACCGCCGAGGGUGAUUCUGUUCCCUUGCCAUUCCGCUUCGUUUAUCACCCUGAGAUCGGCUAUGCUCCAAUCCACGAGGUCAUGGAGGGACGCAACGAUCGCAUCAAGGAAUUCUACUACCGCAUCUGGUUCGGCGAGAAGACAGUGCCUUUCGAUACUCCUACAACCAACACUUUCGACGGUGGGAAGGCUACGGUUGUUACCCAAGAUGUUGUCGACUUCGUCCACGCUGUCGGCAACACUGCCGAGGCUUUCGUCGACCGCCCAGGCAAGGAAGUAUUUGCUCCUAUGGAUUUCGCCAUCGUGGUCGGGUGGAAGGCUAUCACGAAACCCAUCUUCCCGCGGUCUAUUGACGGCGAUCUGCUCAAGCUUGUCCAUCUCUCCAACGGCUUCCGUAUGCUUCCCGGUGCUGAGCCGCUGAAGGUUGGCGAUGAGGUGCACACUUCGGCCCGCAUCAACGCCGUCCUCAACCAGGACGCUGGCAAAAUGGUCGAAGUGUGUGGCACUAUCACACGCCGGGGCCAACCCAUCAUGGAAGUCACUAGCCAAUUCCUGUAUCGUGGCAACUAUACCGACUUCGAGAACACUUUCCAGCGCAAAGACGAGACCCCCAUGCAGGUCACGCUGGCUUCUUCAAAGGAUGUCGCUGUCUUGCGUUCAAAAGAGUGGUUCCACCUCGAUGAGCCUGACAUCGAUCUGCUUGGCCAGACAGUCACCUUCCGCCUGCAAUCUCUUGUUCACUUCAAGGAUAAGACGGUCUUCGACAAUGUUGAGACUAUCGGACAAGUACUUCUGGAGCUGCCCACCAAGGAGGUGAUUCAGGUCGCCUCCGUUGAGUACGAUGCAGGUACCUCGCAUGGCAACCCCGUUGUUGACUACCUGCAACGUCACGGUUCUUCAAUUGAGCAGCCUGUUCACUUCGAAAAUGCUAUUCCACUCAGUGGCAAGACUCCGCUGUCAUUGAAGGCGCCUUCAUCCAACGAGACAUACGCUCGUGUCUCUGGUGAUUAUAACCCCAUUCACGUAUCUCGCAUCUUUGCCAGCUACGCGAAUCUGCCUGGCACCAUCACUCAUGGCAUGUACUCCAGUGCCGCUGUCCGCAGCUUGGUGGAGACCUGGGCGGCUGAGAACAACAUUGGUCGCGUCAGAAGCUACCAUGUGUCAUUGGUCGGUAUGGUCCUUCCCAAUGACGAUCUCGAGGUGAAGCUCGAGCAUGUUGGUAUGGUUGCUGGCCGCAAGAUCAUCAAGAUUGAGACGAGUAACAAGGAGACUGGCGACAAGGUCCUUCUUGCUGAGGCCGAAGUUGAGCAGCCCGUGUCGUCGUAUGUCUUCACUGGCCAAGGUUCCCAAGAACAAGGCAUGGGUAUGGAACUUUAUGCCAGCAGCCCUGUUGCCAAGGAAGUCUGGGACCGUGCUGACCGACACUUCAUGGACAAUUACGGUCUGUCGAUCAUCAACAUUGUCAAGAACAACCCUAAGGAGCUCACUAUCCAUUUCGGCGGUCCUCGUGGCAAGGCUAUUCGCCAGAACUACAUGGCUAUGACAUUCGAAACUGUCAAUGCCGAUGGCUCCAUCAAGUCAGAAAGAAUCUUCAAAGAGAUCGACGAAAGCACGACUUCUUAUACCUACCGCUCACCCACAGGUCUACUGUCAGCGACGCAAUUCACUCAGCCCGCCCUUACGCUCAUGGAGAAAGCCAGCUUCGAGGACAUGCGCUCCAAGGGCUUGAUCCAACGCGAUAGCAGCUUCGCUGGCCACUCUCUGGGUGAAUACUCUGCUCUGGCUUCCAUUGCGGAGGUCAUGCCGAUUGAAAGCUUGGUCUCCGUUGUGUUCUAUCGCGGUCUGACCAUGCAGGUUGCUGUUGAGCGUGACGAGCAGGGCCGAUCCAACUACUCGAUGUGCGCAGUCAACCCCAGCAGAAUUUCCAAGACCUUCAACGAGCAAGCUCUGCAGUAUGUUGUCGAGAACAUUUCCGAGGAGACUGGCUGGCUGGUUGAGAUCGUCAAUUACAAUGUUGCCAACAUGCAAUAUGUCUGCGCUGGUGAUCUCAGGGCCCUCGACAUCCUCAGCAACGUUCUCAACGUGCUCAAGAUGCAGAAGAUUGACAUCCAUUCACUCAUGCAAGAGAUGGAGCUGGACGAUGUCAAGGAGCAUUUGAUGGAUAUCAUUCGAGAAUGCAAGAAGAAGACUAUGGCUAAGCCACAGCCGAUCGAGCUUGAGAGGGGAUUUGCAACGAUCCCGCUCAAAGGCAUAGAUGUUCCUUUCCACAGCACUUUCCUCCGGUCUGGUGUCAAGCCGUUCCGAUCCUUCUUGUUGAAGAAGAUCAACAAAACGAGCAUCGAUCCCGCCAAGCUCGUGGGAAAAUAUAUCCCCAACGUCACUGCGAAGCCUUUUGCUUUGACAAAAGAGUAUUUCACCGAGGUCAUGGAGCUCACAGGCAGUCCCAAGAUUGCGAAGAUCCUAGAGGACUGGGACAAGUACGAGAACGCGAUUGGCGACCGGAGACUGAGCUCCGUUGCAUGA